AUGGCUCCGGGGUCAGAGCUUGUAGUGCUUGCGGGCCUGUACCUGGUGCAGCUGGUGGACAGCCAAGUGGUCGGCUUCCUGCUCAGCUACGUGGCCUUCUUCGAGCUGCUCGCAGUCAUGUGGAUAUACGGCCUGGAGCACUUGAAGCUGGACGUGAUGCUGAUGCACGGCGAGCUGUCGGCGGUCAAGCUGGAGUGCGCCUGGUGCGUCGUCGUCCCCGCCGCUUUGGCCGUGAGCCUGGUGACGAGCCUGCUCUCCGGCUGCAGCUCCCUGCGACUGGGUCCCAUCCAGUUCCCGGUGCACGUGUGCUACGUCGGCUGGAGCCUCGUCAUCGUCGGCGCCCUGCAGGUGCCGCUGUGGGCGGUGCUGGAGGCCAUCCGGAACCAGGCCAAACUGGAGCAGUGUCUCGUUCCCGCGUCAACCAUCGAGCUGGGCCUGGCGGCCAUGUCGAGCUCGGAGCCGACGCAGUCGCCCACGGCACACCGCCGCUUCUGACUCUCGCCGCAGCUGUCAAACGGCUGCGCAGACUGGACCGGACCGCCGACCUUCGGGUUACAUUUCGUUAUAUACUGAUGAUGGCGCACUAAAAGAGGUUGCGCGAGGAACGCGCUUUUUGUGGUG